AUGGCAACCCUUCCAUACAACAUCAUCGACGUCUUCUCAUCCACAGCCUACAAAGGCAACCCACUCGCCGUGGUAAACAACACAUCCGAUACCCUCACAAAACCACAAAUGCAACUAAUAGCCCGCCAAUUCAACCUCUCCGAAACGACAUUCAUCUGUCCACCCACAAACCCAGAUGCAGACCUACGUCUACGAUCCUUCCUCCCUAAUGGGGAAGAAGUCUUCGGAGCAGGCCACAAUUCACUCGGCGCCUGGUGGUGGGCUAUCUAUUCAGGGACUUGCGAUGCACCGCUGGAUCACACUGCGCGUACCUACCAUCAACAACUCGGUGAAGCUAUUUUACCUGUGGAGGUCUCCAGAUCGUCAGCGGGGGAGAUUAAUAUAUCCAUGCGCCACGGCGAACCGCAAUUUCUGAACAUACAUACCGAUAAAGCGUCAUUGGCUGAUGCCCUCGGAAUCGAGGAUACGGAUAUCGGACUCGAAAGUCCCUCGGGGACCACUCUUCUCGAAGAAGCGCAAGUUGUAACGACUUCGCCGGCUCGACAUCUUUUGAUCCCUCUUCGCAAUAAAGAAGUUCUUGACCGUGUGACUUUCGCCAAUAAAGAGCGUAUUGCGGAGGAACUCCCUAGCACGGAUAGUCACAAUAGUGGCGUUUACGUCUUUACAGCGGUUGAAAGCAAGAAUGGGAUUCCGACAUUCGAAGCGAGGUUUUUCAGUCCUGGGAUGGGCAUGGAAGAUCCAGCUACUGGGUCUGCGGCGGGGCCUUUGGCGGCGUUUGUGUGGGAGAAUGCUAGUGAGUUGGUUUCUGCUCAAGAGGAGGGAUCGGGGGGUGUUGGUAUAGAGGUUGUGCAGGGACUGAAGACUGGGAGAGAGUGUUUGAUGAAGGUGAGAAUUGGUCGUCGUGUGGUUGGAAGUAUAGAGUUGUCGGGGACGGGUGUGCUGGUUGCCGAUGGUAAUAUUGUAGUGCCUUCGUCAGAUAUUGUACUUUAG